AGUUUGGCUCCAAGCUUCAUGGUCAGUGCCAAACGGAAUUGUGGCGUAUGUCUGUUCAAUCGUCUUCCCGUCUUCCGAGCAGCGUCAACGAGACCGGCGCCGCCGUCUUCGAUCCGCGGUGAAUGGCGACGGUGCUCCGCUCUCCGCUGGCGACGCUGGCGUGGUGGCUCUGUUUGUGGCCGACCGCUUCGUCGGCGCGGCUGGCAGAGACCGAGCUGCUGGGGCCACCCUUGAAGAUCGUGGUGAACUCCAACCCGCACUAUGCCAGGCCACGGGCUUUGCUCAUGGGCACACUCAAGGCGGCCCAGUUCCAAAACUUCUCAGAGAUGAUCGUGGUCCUAGGAGGCUCUCAGAAAGACCAGGUCUACAAAGAUGGAGACAUCACGGUGGUGGAGACGACCUUCAUGAGCUACGACCUCACCGGCCUCUCGAUGCUUUGGCGUCACCGGAACCACCCCUGGGUUCGAGCUCAGGCCUACAUGUACCUGCUGGACACGGUGACCGUCGGUGUGGGCUUUCCCGAAAAGUUCGAGAACUUCUCGACGGUGCAUCGUGUGGGCUAUCAUGAGUACCGCGCGUCUCCCUUCCCGUCUUCGAACAUUUGCCUCUUUGGACAUGGCGUGGUCGAAAGCUAUCGGAGCAAUUUCGACACGGCACUUGCGAAGCAGGACGGGCUUUGGUUCGAGAGCGGCCACGCCCCGCGCGGCGUCCGGCAAUUGGACAAGUUCGCGCGCACGAUCUCGCCGCUGAAGGCGCGAGAGGAGCACGGGGAUCCGCUGGAUGUCUACGGCACGGGCUUUCCGCGUCGCGUCUUCUGGUAUCCUGACCUCGAUCUGUACAAGUACAUCUUCUGGAAAGGCCAUGGCGAUCUCACAGGUUCUUCUUCUUUGAGUUCAGGAGUACUCACUCCCGCGGCUGGACUUCUCCUCGCACAUCCAGUCCAUGCUCGACGCUGGGAGGGACCCAACAUUCGAGACUGCUCCAGCGCCAUGCUGAAGGGCAGCAGGCAGGCGCUCUGAGCCACAAAGCUGCCCUGCCGCCACUCCUGAGUUUUGGGUUGUCCGUCGAC